AAGUGGAAAAGUGAAUUUAAUUUUAAAUGAUGUGAAAGUACCGCGACUCGGAAACCCUUUGCGAUACUUUUGGGUGAACGAUGGCCGAUCGAUUAUGGAUUAUUGGAUUGAAUCCUUUUGAUUUACGAGGAAACUCUUCGUUACAGGAGAUCGACCUCCAUACCCUGAUAAAACAACCGGAUACAAAAUCGCCUCGACUGCUCAUUCGUAUCGGGCAACUUCAUGCAUUUAUAGCUCAAGGCAAAACUCUGUUCGUAUUCUGCGUAUUGACCGAAGAGCGCAAAACUGUUGAGUUUGCAGAAAGUAUAGUUGCGUUAGAAGUAAGCAACAAAUAUUGCCUGAUACUGCUUGAAACGGGGCGUUUAUUAAAAUACGAUUCUAAUGAGGACCGCACGGUAACACUCGAUUUUCUCGGAGUGGAGGAUAAAGGCCAGCAAAGCGACGAACUUGACGAGAUCAUUACGCACCUGAGUUGUGGUGAACAUGUUGCCGUAGCAUGUUCCUCUAAGAAUGUCGUCUACAACAUUCCCAACAAAACCGUUACCUUUCCGAGACACGUGCGCGUUUUAAAAAUCGCAUCAGGAUUCGAACACAGCCUACUACUUACAAGGAAUGGAGACGUUUACAGCUGGGGUUCUGGAUUACGCGGCCAGUUAGGAAACGGAGAGAUUUCCACCUCCCAGGACCAACCGAAACUCAUCGAUGCACUAGCCGGCGUAAAGAUCGUGGACAUUGCUGCGGCCGGUUGGCAUUCGGCUGCCGUUUCUGCGUUUGGAGAUCUGUAUACGUGGGGCUGGAACAAUCAGGGUCAGUUGGGGUUGGCCGAAGCAAAGUUCCAUGGUCGAGUUGUUUCGCAACCGCAGCUCAUAACGUUUACCGAUGAACAGGAUAUCUCAGUGUCGAGGGUUCAUUGUGGAAUUGGACACACAAUAGUAGAAGUCAAAGAAGCGGGCGAGACUGACGAAAGUAUACUAGUAGCUGGAUGUGAUUUACAAACACGAUUCCAGUACGAUCGUGCGACAGUUGUACCCUCAUUCGAAGGUUUCCGCAAGCUGCAACCGCCAAUCUCCCAAAAAGAAGGAGAAAGAUCAUUGGAAGUUGGUACAGGGCCGUAUCAAGUGUACUUCCUGCAACGAAAUGAUGCUGUAUAAUAAGUAAAGCUGCGCUGUGCAAAUACUACGCACUGUCCUUGGCCCAUUUCUGCCACUGCCAUGUCGCCGAACGGAAUAUAAUAAACGAUAAACGCUAAAAUAAACCAAGAAACGUUUCGUGUAAUAUAUUUUUUUACAUUUU